CUCCCAUCACCAAAACAAAUAUCCAUACCAGUAAAAGAAUAUUUCAAGAUGAUAAAAUAUUACAUAACAGCAUUGGGUGUAAAUAAUAACGAAAUAUACCUUAAGAAACAGUUCCUCUGUGAAUUAUUACCCGAGAAUCAGAUAGAAUCUAGAAGAUAUGAAUUGGAACUUCCACUAGAUGAGCUAGUAGAGAAACCGAGUAAAAUUGAGAAUGAAUUGUACCGAUUUCGGAAUGUUAACAUGCCAAACCACUCCACGGGUGCUAUAGGUGUUGAAAUGUCGACCAACCGACCUGAAAUUAAACCUGAUCGCGAAAUAAAGUCUGACCUCAAGGAUGAGAAACAAAAGAACAUAGCCUUAGAAACUAAGUCCGGAGUGGAUAUUGAUACUUCAAAACUGGUAACAAAUAAUGAACUCGAAAAGUAUGCAGAACGACUAGGAAUCAAAGAAUAUACAGAAAAUAAAGACUUGUGGAAGAAAUUUUACGACGUCUUUGGCCCAGAUUUCGUUUGGCCUUCUACGGCGAAAGCUGGUGAGCGUCGUGAGGUCUUUGACUAUAUUACUUAUCCCCAAUGGGAACCAACCGGGGAGGAACGUGCAAGAAAUACAGUCGAAUAUCGUCGCCUACUUGAGUCCAAAACUCUUGAUGCAUCGAAAGGAUCGCACAUUUUAAUCAUAAAUGGGAAAUUAGUUAGUUACGGGAAUAAGAUAUCUCAGGAAGACAACGAAAAACUGAAAAAAAAAUAUCCAGGGUGUUUUUAUGCACCUGUUGUUGAACGUACUGUUUUAAUCCGCAGAUUCUCAGCUAAGGAAGAUCAAACAAGAAACGAGUGGCAGGUUUGUAUCGUUUACAAUUUAAUUGAUGAUAAUAAGUCCCAUAUUUGCAUUCGAAAUGAAUUAAAUCCCGAAGAUGAAGUAAAAAUUGCAAGUACUGAACAAAACUAUCGAAUGAUAAUUGAUACCGGCUCCACGGUGACGAUAAUUCCAUCCUUUGUAAGAGAACAAUUGUGUGAUCCCAAUGAUGGUUGGGACAAUUUUUCUUUUUGCCCUGAAGGAUAUGGCGGUACAGCGAAAAUUGUUCAAGCUUCAAGGGAGUGGCUUAUAUGUUUGGGUGACGGGACUAAUUGGUCCAACUGGGUUAGAACAAGAGAAGUUUAUUCAUGGCAAAACAAUCCCCCUGAUGUCGACUGUGGUUUAAUUGGCUACGACGUUCUUAAUAAUAUUCCACAUUAUAAACCCUACAUUACCUAUUAUAGAAUUUGGCAAUAG